GGGAGUUGCAGUAGUCGAGGUCGUGAUAUGCAUGAGGAGGUGGAUGAGGUGUUUAGUGGUUUCUGGCGUAAGGAACGUGCGGAUUUUUGGUGAUGUUGCGGAGGCGGAGUCUGCACGAGUUUGUUAAAGAUUGGACUUGGUGCUGGAAGGAUAGGUUGGACGUUGUCCCAGAAUGACACCCAGUACUCUGGCCUGCGGGGCGGGUUUGAUGGUGGCGUUGUUGGAUGUGAUGGAGAAGUCAGUGGGUGGGGGGGUGCGGGGCUGGGGGGAAGACUGGGAGCUCAGUUUUGGAAAGGUUCAAUUUGAGGAAAUGGAGUGACAUCCACUCUGAUAUGCAGUUCAGUAGGUGGUUGAUUCGGGC